AUGUCUCUUCCAGGUUCUCUGCCAGGUUCAUGCCGCGGUGAACCACCUGUUCAGGUGGGUGGAUCCGUGACUCCGACAGAGGAACAGUUAUUAUGUCUGCAGUCCGAUAAGGAUGCAUUAGUGAAGGUGAUGACUAACGAUCACCAUACAAGCGGGAUCGACUCCAGAGCCUGGAGUAUCACAGAAACAAUAGUGCCUUUUUUUGGAACAUCAAAAAACCAAAAUAUGAUGGAAUUAAUAAGUGCAAUUAAAACUACACCAGCUAGUGUACCCAGAGUAUCAUUACAGAAGUUUAACCCGGAGGAUCCAAGUGCUGACCUUAUUUCCUGGUGUUCUACUGUUGAUAUGUGUUUAUCCAAAAAUCCAUUGGCUGCCACUUUAAUUAAUAUGUUCAACGGUCGUCCUAAAGAAAGUGAAUGUCUUUUGUCCUAUAAUAGCCGCCUCAUGACAUAUCUUACGUCCAGAUGGAAGUCAAUGAGCAUCGAAAAAAUAACGGUGUCGGCCGUAUUAGCACACAUGGCCCAAUUUGAUAAUCGACUGAAGCGAUUAUUAUUCACCACCAGUAUAAAAAACAGGGCUCAAUUGCAAAGUGAGUUAAAGGCAUUCUCGUAUGGACAUAAAUCAUCAACUACAAUAAAGUGUCAGUUUUGUGGAAAAGUGGGUUAUAAAAUAAGUGAAUGCCGUUUUAGAAUUAACGAAAGCGAAAACACAUCUGGAAUCCAUCAGUCCAGUGCUAGUGCAUCGCCUUACCUUAAAUAA